AAAUGCUUUUGUGAAAUUAUCUUCUGGAAAAAAACAUCUUGUGUGAAUUGUGUGAAGUGAAUGGUUCUCCCUGUGGCUGUCACUCAGGUUUGAUGCUGCUGCAGCUUCCUGUAUUGACGGCGCACCAGUAACCAGCCGAAGAAGCCUUGAGUGGUGCGGCUUGCCUCAGAAUUGCCCCCAGUCUGAAAGACGCAGGGGGUGUUAACUUUACGGAGGGACACCAGACUACUCCCGGUGGUAAAAGGAAUACAUGAUUUUUAAAAACGUGGCGGUCUCGCUGCUGCCUUUUUCCGGUAGUCGCUACAAGCUAGCAGCACUAGCUAGGUGGCUAAUGCUAGGUGGCAGCAGCAGGUAGUUAACCUCUUAGAAGCAUACACAUAGAAAUGUUAUCACUCAUAACUGUGUAGAUACACUUAAAAAUAAGCAGUCUGAUAAGACCACAUCAUAAUGUUACGUUUUUGUCCAACGUUGGACUGACAUGCUUUUGGAAGUGUAAUCCACUCGCUUACGUUAGCAAGCUAGCCACCCUGAGUCAAUCCUGUUGCUUUACGAGGCAACAAGGAAGCAAAAGACGUCUUUUACGGAACAGAACAGCUCAGUGAACUUUUUUUGGACCACAUUUGAGAUUUGGACAGAUUUCUAUUUUGGAGAUGGCUCCCAAACGAAGACCCGUUCCGCUAAACAUAACGCCCAUUGGAGAAGGACAGGCCACUUCAAACACCACUGAUGCUGCAUCAGAAGCAAACCUAGAGGCCUUACAGAAGAAACUAGGAGAACUCGACCUGGAUGAGCAGCAGAAGAAACGUCUGGAAGCCUUCCUCACCCAGAAAGCCCAGGUGGGAGAACUCAAGGAUGAGGAUUUUGAUCCCAUUUGCGAGCUGGGUGCCGGCAACGGAGGGGUUGUCAACAAGGUCCGCCACAAGCCGUCGGGUCUGGUCAUGGCUCGCAAGUUGAUCCACCUGGAAAUCAAGCCGGCCAUCAGGAACCAGAUUAUCAGAGAGCUACAGGUCCUGCAUGAAUGCAACUCUCCAUACAUUGUGGGCUUCUACGGCGCCUUCUACAGCGACGGCGAAAUCAGCAUCUGUAUGGAGCACAUGGAUGGUGGAUCCUUGGACCAGGUCUUGAAGGAAGCCCGAAAAAUUCCAGAGGAAAUCCUGGGGAAAGUUAGCAUAGCUGUUUUGAGAGGUCUGGCCUACCUGCGAGAAAAGCACCAGAUCAUGCACCGAGAUGUGAAGCCCUCCAACAUUCUGGUCAACUCUCGCGGGGAGAUCAAGCUGUGUGACUUCGGUGUGAGCGGCCAGCUCAUAGAUUCCAUGGCCAACUCCUUUGUUGGAACGCGUUCCUACAUGUCGCCGGAGAGACUGCAGGGCACUAAUUACUCGGUUCAGUCCGACGUGUGGAGUAUGGGCCUGUCCCUGGUGGAGCUGGCGAUCGGCCGCUACCCCAUCCCCCCACCUGACGCCAAAGAACUGGAGGCCAUCUUCGGACGGGCUGUUCUGGACGGUAGCGAGGGAGAGCCUCACAGCAACAUGCAGAGGCCCAGACCACCUGGGAGGCCCGUGAGCGGACAUGGGACGGAUAGUAGAACUGCUAUGGCCAUCUUUGAACUUUUGGACUACAUUGUGAAUGAGCCUCCUCCUAAACUGCCACUGGGUGUAUUCACUAACGACUUCCAAGACUUUGUCACAAAAAGCUUGAUUAAAAAUCCAGCUGAAAGGCCUGAUCUGAAGAUGCUGACUAGUCAUGUAUUCAUCAAGCGAUCCGAAGUGGAAGAAGUGGACUUUGCCGGCUGGUUGUGCAAAACCAUGGGCCUCAACCAGCCCAGCACUCCCACCCGCAGCACUGAGUGAAGGCUCCCCACUCGUCAGCACUGCCUCAUCUCUGGAUCGUUUUUGCUUGCAUACACAUAGGUUAUAUUGUACAUACACAAGCCAUCACAUGCAAAUAUUGGCACUUUUCUUGUUGUUUUGGGCUUCAAAGAGUUUGUGGCUUCCUCUCAUGUAUUUCUUCACCAGCAGCAGGGCUCUCGAGUGGUCUUACUACAUGUAAACCACCGCUUCACCAGGCCAGUCUCAUGUUUCCACUGGACUGCAGUGGGGUGGAUGUAAAGCGCAGAGUGGCUGCCAGUAUGUGAUUGUUUUAUAUUAGAUCUUCUGUAUGAAUUUUUUCUAUGGCAACAGUUGGUGGCUGGUGGGGUUGUAUUUUAAUAAAUGACCCACUGUGGA